AUCAAAAAUCCUGUCAUCGAACUUCAAUUAUUUAAUCCAUUCCCAAUGGAGCAAACAACAAGGCUGUCUUGUCUUCCCAUAGCAUGGACAUGCCCUCUGCGAAAUGGAAAUCCCAAAUAGAUACACAGGUCACCAUCCAAAAAUACUCAUUAUAUAAUAUCUUUGUCGUGACAAAAGCAAUGCGUAAAGACCCUAUGUUAGCUUUCUCUGUUAUUCGAUUGCUUAUGCAAAUAGCAAUGUUGAUGUUCUUGACGACAAAUCUUAGAAUGCAGCAGCUUUUGCCUCGUUGCCAUGCUUUUGCCUCUAAUGCAAACAAAAACCAGAGACUCAAUUCGAGAAUCUCUGCUGGAACGUGGUCUACACUCUCUACCGGCAAUGGGCACAGUGAUCGUUUUUGGCUGAUUCGAGGUGGAGUUUCGCAGUCUUUUUCGAGUAAUCAGUCAGCAUUACCAGUAACUAAAUCGAAGACAAACUUAUGCAGUACCGCUUCUCCGUUGGACCUCCCUGCUAGCUCUACUGACGAAAAUGAUGCUUUUGAACGAAGGGCGCUGCAGUCGCUGUCGAUUGCAUCAGGAGGGACAACCGACACACCAAUGAAGUCGUUCGGCGGCUUGGCAUACAGAGAUUCUUCUUCGUCCAAAUCAUCAUCGCUAUUUCGUGUAGUUUUCAUAUUGGGCGGUCCAGGUAAGGCAUUCUGACGAAGUCUUUCUUUUACGAAAGUCCUCACUACCUGUCGCAUCGAUUUUCUAAGCGGCAUCUCAACAAAAAAUUAAAUUAUUUUUCUCUUUUCUUCGAUUUAAUCACACCGGAACAACGUAGGCGCUGGAAAAGGAACGCAGUGUGAUCUUUUGAUCGAAAAUUAUCCUUGCCACCACUUAUCAGCUGGGCAGUUAUUGCGAGACGAAGCAGAGAAGAAGGAUGGAUCUUCGGAGCACGCAACACUGAUUGAAGAAUGUCUUGUGGCUGGAAAAAUUGUUCCAGUUGAGAUUUCGUUGGCACUUUUGGAAAAUGCCAUGCGUGAAGUCGAAGGCAAUGACUCUCUCAUAUUUUUGAUUGAUGGCUUCCCGCGCAAUUUUGACAACUUGGAAGGAUGGACACGCUGUAUGACAAGAAAUGAUAAGAGCGACGAAUCAAACACUGAUGCUGCUGCAGUUUGGGGUGUAUUAUCUUACAACUGUCCCCUUCCACUUUUGGAGGAACGGGUGAUGCAACGUUCUAAAGAUUCCGGCAGAUCAGACGACAAUUUGGAAAGUUUACGAAGACGGUUUAAGACUUUUCAGAGUGAAACAGUACCUGUGGUGAAUGUCUUGAAGAUAAUUGACGAAAAAACAUCGUCGAUGCUAAAAGUCGUGGAAAUCGAAGGGCAAAAAUCAAUCGAGGAAGUUUGGGAAGAAACUCAGAAUAAUAUGAACUCGUUUAUUGCAAAUGAUGUUUUAUCUGCUAAUAUGAGGCUGUUAGAGGCUGUUGCUAAUGGUGAUAUUGAUUCUUACCGCGCUCUAUGCGCAGAAGAGAUGUUCUCAGAUUCACAGGAUAACGUAAUCGAAGAAGACUUGUUUGUGAUGAAAGAACAAGAAGCGGAAGGAGACAAACAGUCCAGAAAAAUAGAUGUAAAGUGCGCUGAAAUGAUAUUUAUCACAGGGAGAAAGGUGUCUGUUAGCUACGACCGGACUUUAGAUUCGGGCAUUUCUUUUCGGGAGACGAGGAUCUGGUCUCACCAAGGACCAAAAGGAUGGAAAUUGGUACACUUUUACCGGGAUGGAGCACGAUAGAGACCCAUAUUAUUCUCCUUUCUGCUCUCUAAAAUCCCGUCAAAUCUUAUGUUGGGCUGCAUUGCCAUCGCGUAGCUCAGCGGCAGUACAUCAAACUACAACGAGAGACGAUUGCAAAUGCUGGUCUGACGAAGGAAAUUUGGCGAUUCACGCCGUGUUGAAAUAGUUUCAAAAAUCAUUUUUUAAUGAAGCAAUUUCUAUUCUGCGGAAAUAGUACUGUUCAAAACAAUUUAUUACUUACUUCACACAUGACAAUGGUACCGAACGUACAAUGCCUUAUCGUCUGAGGCAGCGAGACAAAGUUUUCUGUCUCGUUCCUACUGCCACAAAUACUCUCUUUGAUUAACUCCUGCACUUAUCCAAUAUUUCCUUGCAACAUCAGGAACAUGUAAGUCCCCAACCUUAGCUCUUUCAGUUCAAAUUGAACCGUGGAGCUCUACACAGGUAGUAGUAGUAGUAGGUUUACCCUGUACAGUAAUUAAGGUCACGGCCAGGGUGUUUCUCUAGAGAAAUAAAGAACGAAAAUGAGACAUCAAGGUCAAUCCAAAUACAUAUUGAAAGAUAUUUCCCAUGCACUCAAGACUGUGCGUGAUAUCACCAUACAAAAACAGACAGAGAGAAUCAAGCAAGCUCGCCUCUGUGGAGUGGAGCCAUUGCUUAGUGGUGUGAGUAGACCCCCCCAAACACCUGAUGAUGUGGAAUCCAAUGAAGGGACUGAUUCACUUUAAAGCAGGCACGUCACAAAAAGUGUUCGCAAGUAGUAGCGACCGCUCGCAACCUUUUUUUUAAAAAUACACACCCUUUUUUUUUUCACGCGCCCACUGAACCUCACGCAUAGCAUGGUUUUGGUCGCGUUCAAACACAACCGUAGUUGCGAGGGUUGCGUAUGGUUGUUAUGGAAAACCAGUUUUAUUUCCGUUCAGAGGUAGAAGCAACCCUGAGUCCCACCACUGUUAUGUUCACCGUUGUUUUGCCAGAAAUUGGUCACAAUUAAAAAACACGUUGAACC